AUGGCUCCGGUUUUAAUCCGCGACGUGCAAUUUGAGCGGAACAGCACUCAAGAUCGUCAUAAUCGCAAAUUUGGUGACUGGCGAGAUGUGGAUGAUCCUGGAGCCUUUAUUCUUGAAGCAUGGGGGCAAGGCUUUAUGUUUGGUGCCUUGCUGAUCAUGGCUAUUAUCACGAUCACAAACAUGAAAAGAGGCGUGCUUUUGCACAAGAUGAUCUUGCUUGAGUUAGUGCUGGCGAUGAGCCAUGGUACAUUCUGCUUUAUGUCUUUCGAUGGCUACGGAUAUUAUCUAUCUUCCACUGCUGCUCUGCUCUACUGCUCAUACUUUACUCACAACAUUGUCGCAUGGCUAAAGAUCAAACCAUUUUUCACCGGCCCUCAACCAUUCUUUGGAUUCCAAUACUCGACUUGGGUGAGGUGGAUCUACCUCACCACGUUAGGAAUGACGGCACCAGUAUUGAUCUUUGAGAUAUGCAAUAAUUUCCGAUUCUUCAACAACUUCAGCCGACUUUAUGCUACUGUGCGACCAUAUGAGCCUCUUAUGCGAGACCCAUGGUGGAUUUUCAGUUGCUUUACGCUUUUUCAUGUGAUCAAGGGAAGCUACAACUUGAAAUUGAUCAAGCUGAUACAGCGUUCUCCGAGAUUUGGCAUCAUGCUUCUAGCAAUUGUUUUGGCAGUAUGCUUUACGAUUGUCGACAUCUUGUCAACCAUCAUUCGAGAUUUAAGUAUUACAGAUGGAAUAAACCCGUACUGGAAACUUGCUGUUGUGUUCAAGUGUCUCACGGACAACAUAUUACUUGAUGAUUUCAAGAGCGUUUUGCAAAAACUUUCAAAUACGGAAACACACCAAGCUGGUGCUAAUGGGACACUUCGAGCGUCAUUAAACUUAUCGAAGGUAGGAGGGAGCGAGCAUCGAGAAGGCACAGGUUCUCAGGAUUAG